CGGCGGCAGCGCGAGCUGCAGCGGCAGGGCCGCAUCUUUAACGCGCGAGUGCGGACCAUCGGGGGAAGACCAUUGGAUCUCUGUACUUUACUGAGCAAUGCUGAUUUAUACCGUCUGGAGAUCUUACCCAAAUACUGUUGUAGAACCACCUUUGGACAGGUUUUGAUAGAUCCAUUUACACAAGACAAACAUCUAAAGUGAAAGUGAAUCCAUUGGAAGAAUUCUGUAAAUAUUUUGAUGAACAUCAUUUCAUAAUACCGUAUUUGUUGGCUGAGCAAGAAGUACUUACAGAAGAGACUAUUCUUGUGGUUUGAAAUUAAGCCAAGUCCAAAGCAGGAGUCAACAAAGCUAUGGAGGUUGAUAAAGAUGCAUUGGAUGCCCAGGUUAAGGAUAGGAAAAUUCAAGAAGAAACUGAAAAAGCACGAAAUGAAGAACUUGCUAAUGAAAUGAAGAAAAAUGACAAGUUGAUGUGUAUGUUAGAAGAACGACAAAAACGCAACAUCAGAAACGUGAACAAGGCUGUCAGUGACUUUCAGAAGAAUUUUCAGCAGCCAGAAACGAGACGUGAAUUUGAUCUAUCUGAUCCCCAGGCUCUAAAGAAGGAUAGACCUGCUCGGCUUUCAGACAAUGAUCCUCGAUGCACUGUAUCUGGCUUGCAGAAGUUUAUGGGUGAAGACUUAAACUAUGCUCAGAGGACGAAAUUUCAAAAGGAGCAGUUAAGAGAGUGGUCUCUUCAGCAACAGAGAGAUUACAAGAAUGCGUUAGCUGAUAAAAAAUUUUUAGAUGAUCUUCAUGACAAGAAUAGGAUUGAACUGGACCAAAAGAUAAUGGAACAACAACGAAUAGAAGAAGAAACCAGACGUGCUGUUUGUGCAGCUAUCAAAGACUUUAACAAAAGCCAGGCUGCUGAACUAGCUGAAAGAAAGAGGCUGGAUAAAUGUCAAAAAAUGAAAGAUGAUAUGGAUGAAAUUUCCAGCCAGCUUCAAGGAAACUUACUUUCUGAAAACCCUGAGCAAGCUAUCAGUUCCUUUGGUACACAUCGUGUGAUCACAGAUCGGUGGAAGGGAAUGAAUCAGGAUCAGCUGAUGGCAAUCCGCUCCUUUCAACAGCAGCAAGUUCUGGAGAAGCUGAGAUUAAAAGAGGAGGAGCGCCAAAGAGAUGCUGAAUGGGACAGGCAAAGCAUGCAGGCUGCAAGAGCACAGUUAAUUUUAGAGCGGCAUCAAGCACGACAGAAUCGAGAAUGCCGCCAAGCUCUAGAUAGCAUAAAUGCACAACUAUCCCAGGAGCAGAAAGCAAAGAACAUUUAUCUUAAGGAAGAAGAAUAUUCAAAUUGUCCAACAAGUCAGUAUUUUGCACAAUUCAAUACAACCAGUCGAUGACAUUCCAGAUGCAUCAAUGCAGAAAAUUAAAGCAGUUUUUAAUUGAGCUGUCCCAUUUUUUAAUGCUGAUUCCUACUGUUAUUUUUCUGUUUAAAUUGUGCUGUCCGAACAGUACACUUGAAAUAGAGGACUGUCUGUUAGGUCCUGUCUGUGCUGAGAGAAACAUUUUAAUCAUUUUUGAAUUGUUUCUAAAAUUGCUAGUUGAUUUAAAAGUUAGACUGUUUGACAGUUGUGUCUCAGGCUUAACUGUAAUACUGGUGUUAUAAAAGUCAUUAGAAAUUAAUUUCUAGAAUGUGGUCAAAAUUUAAAAUAGAACGCUACUUGUUGCAGCUUGGUCAGAGAGAAUGAUACCUAAGUAGAUCACGUGAAGCACAAGUAGUAAUCUCUUACUUAGCAGGCUUAUGGGAAGAAAGAAAAGUAACGUAGACAGAAAGUUGUGAGUUUUUUGUUUGUUUGGCUGAUUUGAUUGUUUUUAAAUGGGGAAAAAAAAAAAAAAAGUAGACAAAGAUGAUUAUCCUAUUUAUCCUGAAUUGUAGAAAGAAUAAUAGAUUACGUAGGUUGCUCUGAAAGUGACAACUCCUAUUUAUUUCCAUGAGAAGUGAAACAGAUGCAAACAGCACAAUAACACUCCUUUGAGAGAGCACAUUCUCAGCUGCAAAACACUAUUUUUCAACAUAGCCACCACCAUUAGCUAUGCAUUUUUGUUAGU